GUGAAGCAGUAUCUUCACAAUGACCCUCGUGAACCAUGUGCUUCGCGUGCUUCACGUGCACGAGUUGGAUAAAUACCACGAGGCAAUCCCCCCCAGUCUUGCAGAAGUCAGUUUGAAGACGGAGCGUGAGGUUGAAUUCCGAAAGAUGAAGAUCCUGUUUUUGGUCAUCCUGGUGCUCUGCAUCAGUGCGAUUGAAAGCCAAAAAAAGAAGAAAGGCAAAGGCGCGGCUUCACGGAAGAAAAAUAUCUGCCAAAAGGAUAUGCGGAUCCUGGUGUCGGUCAUGCGCGUGUGCAAUGCAUACAAACGCGCAUCCCGGUUCCGUAUGAAGAACUGGGACAGUUUGCGUAAAUACAUACGAUAUGCACUGUCUAUGGCGCUAAGGAAGGGCAAGAAACCACCUCCCAAGGGCAAGAAACCACCUCCCAAGGGCAAGAAACCACCUCCCAAGGGCAAGAAACCGCCUCCCAAGGGCAAAGACGAUAAGAAGAAAGAAUCCCGUAGCUAUCAGGACGAGGACAUCAGUUUAGACGAUGUGGAUACUGGUAGUUUCGACGAUGACGAGUAUUCUUGGAGCAUUCACGACGACGAUUCCACUAAUAACUUUGACGAUGAGGGUGACGGCCUUGACGAAGAGGAUGCCGGUGACGGCCUUGACGAUGAGGAUGCCGGCGAGGAUGACUCCGAAUCCGACCCUCCGUCUAAACCCACCGACACAGAGGCCGAAAUCCAAGCACUCCGCCGCUAUCUGAAGCUGUCGGGCCGAGACAGACACGAACGUGCCGCAAAGCGUAAGCAAAAAAAGAAGGAUCCAUUUAGAAGUCUGAGGAUGCUUUGUUACAAGAUGUCGCGGCUGAUGUACAAAGGGUGAAGGGCGGGUAUUUACUGUGAAAAGGACAUCAAUAAAACUGACUAAAA